UUGUAUUGAUAAAUAACUCAUAUGUUGGUUUUUGAUAAAGCCAACAAGCAGAUAUAAAUGUAAUAACUAUUAUUGUUGUGAUGUAUAAUCAAUAGAAUUUAGUAUCAUUUAUAAUUCUAAAAAGUUAGACAGUCUGACAAAUAGUUUUCUAAAGUCAACAUGGUAACUUCAAAUUUGCUUAAAUCAUUGGUAAUUUUUGUAAAAACUAUUUUGUAUGGAAUAUUUAUUCUAUCUCAUGCAACAUUAAGUUCGGCAAGUGCACAAAAUCGUCUUCCUGGUCACUUUAUACCGGUCCAUUAUACAAUUAAUAUAAUUCCUUAUAUUGAAGAGAACAAUUUCACAUUUGAUGGUGAAUCUUUGAUUUUAAUUGAAGCAAAAAUUGAAAGCAAUAUAAUAAUUUUACAUGCAAAAAAUCUUCAAAUAAAAGAAAACAUUACUUUAAACAAUGCUAGUAAUAAAUAUGAAUCUAAUAAUUACACAAUUGAUACUAAAAACGAUUUUUUGAGUAUCGUAUUUAAUGAAAAAAUAGUACAAGGUAAUUACACUUUACACUUGAAAUACUGUGGUGUCAUUAACGAUAAACUUCAAGGUUUUUAUCGAAGUACUUACACAGGCACGUUUGGUAAAAAACAAUGGUUAGUGUCGACUCACUUCGAAACCAAUAACGCCCGUCAAGCUUUCCCAUGUUGGGAUGAACCAGCCUUUAAAGCGACUUUUAAAAUUUCUAUUAAACAUAAUAGGAGAUUUACAGCACUAUCAAAUACUCGGUUUAAUUCAAUAUGUAGCACUAAUGAUAGCAGUAAUCAUGUGUGGACUCAGUUUGAAAAAACUCCGCUAAUGUCAUCAUAUCUAAUAGCUUUUAUUGUGGGCGACUUAGAUUAUUUAGCUCACAGUGAAAAUGAAACAUUCCGAAUAUGGACUAGAAAAAAUGCUGCUUCUCGUGGAGAGAUGCUAUUAUCAAAUGGUUUUAAAGCAUUGAAGUCGCUGGAAAAUUUUUUUGGUAUGUCUUAUCAAGAUCAUGGGUUUAAAAAAAUUGACUUGGUUGUGAUACCUGAGAUGAUGUCGAUUGGAGUGGAGAACUGGGGAAUUAUUUUUUUGAAAGAAAAUGAAUUUUUUUCUACGGAAAAUAUUGAGCGUAAAAAAAUAGGGAAAAAUGAUUUUAUGGAUUUAACUCACGAAUUAAGUCACCAAUGGUUUGGAAAUUUAGUUACUCAUAAGUGGUGGAAAUAUUUGUGGCUUACCGAAGGGUUAGCUAGUUAUUUUUCAUAUUUCAUCAAUGAUCAAAUUGAAAAAUCAUGGCGUGUGAUGGAUAAAUUUGUUCUAGAUCGUCGUGAAGAUUUAUUUAAAUAUGAUUCUGCGUAUGAAGUUGCAGUUAUAAUUGGUGAUGAAGAAAUUGAAAACCUUUGGGGAUAUCACCGAUUUUAUAUGAAUUAUUUUAAAAGUGCAGUUAUCAUAAGAAUGAUCAAGUACGUACUCGGUGACGAAAAUUUUAGAAAAGGAAUAAGGAAUUACUUAAACAAUAAUAAAUUCGGAGUGGUUACUUCAGAUAAUUUUUUUAACGAGUUAACUGAAGUGUCUGGAAAUAUGAAUGUAACUUUAGAUAAAGCUCUUAACAAUUGGCAAAGCACUCCAGGGUAUCCAAUGAUUACAAUUAAUAGAAAUUACACAUCUAAUAAAGCAACAAUAACGCAAUCCCGUUUUUUGCGACACUCUAAUUUAACUUCUACCGAUCAAUAUUGGAUUCCCCUAAAUUUUGCCACUCAGGACAACAUGGACUUUAAUGAUACUGCAAUCACUCAUUGGCUUGAUCCAGAUUCAAUUUCAUUAGAAAUUUCAGCGCCAGAAUCGGAUAAAUGGCUCAUGAGCAACAAACACCAAUCCGGAUAUUAUCGGGUAAAUUAUGAUGAAAAAAAUUGGCAAUUAAUUGCAAACUAUUUAAAUUCCGAAAAUUAUUACAAGAUUCAUUAUUUAAAUCGUGGUCAGCUUAUUGAUGAUGCAUUGACACUAGCAGACGAGGGAUAUGUCUCUUACAGUAUCGUUCUUGAAUUAAUGGAGUAUCUUAGAUAUGAAACGGAUCCUUUGCCAUGGGCGACAUUUUUCAACAACCUACGUCAAUUACAUGCAUCAUCAUUACCACAUUCUUCGUAUUAUGAAAGCUAUAAGAAAAUCAUUUCAACUUUGCUUAAAAAUAUUGAAAAAAAUGUAUUUGUUGAUAAAACAACUGAUGAAAACAUGAUUGAGAUGGUUCUGAAGAAAUCAAUUAUCAAAUGGUCUUGUUUGUUCGGUUCAAAUUUAUGUAAAAAUUAUACUCUCUCAAUUAUAUCGAAGUGGCUAGAAAAUUUUGAAGAAAAUCCGCUUCCAAUGGAUAUUAAAUCUGAAAUACUAUGUGGAGGAAUGCGUUAUGUUGAUGAAAAUACUUGGAAUGCCGUACUGAUGAAAUAUCUAGAGAAUCGAGAUAAAGAUAUUUUACAAGCACUCAGUUGCACAUCAAACGUUACAUUUUUAAAUAAAAUGUUGUUUUUAGCGAUGAACAAUACAUUUAAUGAAUUAGACAGGUGGGAUUUUUUUUUGGGAAUUACAGCGGAAAGUAAUGGUCUGGAAACUACGUUGAAUUUUAUAAAUGAUUAUCGAACUAAAAUUGAGAAGAGCGAUAGUCGCUAUGAGUUUCUACAUGAUGGUAUAAUAUUUAUCAGAUAUACUGUUAGAAACAACAGCCAAUUUUCUAAGUGGGGAGAACUAUUGAAAAAUGUUAUAGGAGAAAAAAAAGCAACGAAGUAUUUAGUACAAGUUCGCAGUGAAGUAGAUGGUUAUAAUUUAAAAUUAAAUUCGAUGAAAAAUUAUUUUGAAAAAAGUGAAAAUUACUACUGUGUCUUCAAAAACAACAAUUCAAUUGAAAUAUCCUCACUCCAAUGGUUAGUGUCAACUAACUUUGAACCCAAUUAUGCCCGUCAAGCUUUCCCAUGUUGGGAUGAACCAGCCUUUAAAGCGACUUUUCAAAUUUCUAUUAAACAUAAUAGGAGAUUUACAGCACUAUCAAAUACUCGGUUUAAUUCAAUACUUAGCACUAAUGAUAGCAGUAAUCAUGUGUGGACUCAGUUUGAAAAAACUCCGCUAAUGUCAUCAUAUCUAAUAGCUUUUAUUGUGGGCGACUUAGAUUAUUUAGCUCACCGUGAAAAUAAAACAUUCCGAAUAUGGACUAGAAAAAAUGCUGCUUCUCGUGGAGAGAUGCUAUUAUCAAAUGGUUUUAAAGCAUUGAAGUCGCUGGAAAAUUUUCUUGGUAUGUCUUAUCAAGAUCAUGGGUUUAAAAAAAUUGACUUGGUUGUGAUACCUGAGAUGAUGACGUUCGGAAUGGAGAACUGGGGAAUUAUUUUUUUGAAAGAAAAUGAUUUUUUUUCUACGGAAAAUAUUGAGAGUAAAAAAAUAGGGAAAAAUGAUUUAAUUAAUUUAACUCACGAAUUAAAUCACAACUGGUUUGGAAAUUUAGUUACUCAUAAGUGGUGGAAAUAUUUGUGGCUUACCGAAGGGUUAGCUAGUUAUUUUUCAUAUUUCAUCAGUGAUCAAAUUGAAAAAUCAUGGCGUGUGAUGGAUAAAUUUGUUCUAGAUCGUCGUGAAGAUUUAUUUGAAUAUGAUUCAACGUAUGAAGCUGCAGUUAUGAAUGGUGAUGGAGAAAUUGAAAACCUUCUUGAAUAUGACCGAAGUUUUGUGAAUUAUCAUAAAAGUGCAGUUAUCAUAAGAAUGAUCAAGUACGUACUCGGUGACGAAAAUUUUAGAAAAGGAAUAAGGAAUUACUUAAACAAUAAUAAAUUCGGAGUAGUUACUUCAGAUAAUUUUUUUAACGAGUUGACUAAAGUGUCUGGAAAUAUGAAUGUAACUUUAGAAAAAGCUCUUAACAAUUGGGAAAGCACUCCAGGGUAUCCAAUGAUUACAAUUAAUAGAAAUUAUGGAUUAAAUACAGCAACAAUAACGCAAUCCCGUUUUUUGCAAUACUCUGAUUUAACUUCUACCGAUCAAUAUUGGAUUCCCCUAAAUUUCGCCACUCAGGACAACAUGGACUUUAAUGAUACUGCAAUCACUCAUUGGCUUGAGCCAGAUUCAAUUUCAUUAGAAAUUUCAGCGCCAGAAUCGGAUAAAUGGCUCAUAAGCAACAAACAACAAUUCGGAUAUUAUCGAGUAAAUUAUGAUGAAAAAAAUUGGCAAUUAAUUGUAAACUAUUUAAAUUCCGAAAAUUAUUACAAGAUUCAUUAUUUAAAUCGCGCUCAGCUUAUUGAUGAUGCAUUUACACUAGCAUUCGAGGGAUAUGUCUCUUACAGUAUCGUUUUUGAAUUAAUGGAGUAUCUUAGAUAUGAAACGGAUUCUUUGCCAUGGGCGACAUUUUUGGACAACAUAUAUCGAUUACAGGGAUCAUCAUUACCACAUUCUUCGUAUUAUGAAAGCUAUAAGAAAAUCAUUUCAACUUCGCUUAAAAAUAUUGAAAAAAAUGUACUUGUCGAUAAAACAACUGAUGAAAACAUGAUUGAGAUGGAUCUGAAGAAAUCAAUUAUCAAAUGGUCUUGUUUGUUCGGUUCAAAUUUAUGUAAAAAUUAUACUCUCUCAAUUAUAUCGAAGUGGCUAGAAAAUUUUGAAGAAAAUCCGCUUCCAAUGGAUCUUAAAUCGGAAAUACUAUGUGGAGGAAUGCGUUAUGUUGAUGAAAAUACCUGGAAUGCCGUACUGUCGAAAUAUCUAGAGAAUCAAGAUAUAGAUAUUUUACAAGCACUCAGUUGCACAUCAAACUUUACAUUUUUAAAUCAAAUUUUGUUUUUAGCGAUGAACACUACAAUUAAUGAAUUAGACAAGUGGGCUUUUUUUUAUGCACUUACAAUGGAAAGUCAUGGUCUGGAAACUACAUUGAAUUUUAUAAAUGAUUAUCGAACUAAAAUUGAGAAGAGCGAUAGUCGUUAUGAGUUUCUACAUGUUUGUAUAGUAUUUAUCAGAUUUGCUGUUAGAAACAACAGCCAAUUUUCUAAAUGGGAAGAACUAUUGAAAAAUGUUAUAGGAGAAAAAGAAGCAAUGGAUUAUUUAGAAGAAAUUCGCAGUGAAGUAGAUGGUUAUAAUUUAAAAUUAAAUUCGAUGAAAAAUUAUUUUGAAAAAAGGGUUUAUUAAAAAAUACAUUAUGAAUUUUUUUUAUGCCAUUAAAUUUCAUUUU